AUGGACGCGGAUGCGCUCGACCCCAAUUCGUACACCGCGCAACGCCUACAACAUGCUACCCCCGAGCAUCUCUAUCUCACCUCCCGCCGCUGCUUCAUAGGCCCAAUUCCCGAGGGAUGGCUCAAGUCGCACCGCCGCGACUGGUACAAGCACCAUCUGCACAUUAACUACUCCUCGCGCGCUGCCACCUUCUCGACCGACCUCCGCGUCACCCACGACCGUCGCACCUCCGGCCUUGACGGGCCUCGAUCCUCGAAACCGUUUCGCCCAAGCUUUCCACAGCCCGCCGACAUUAUUGAGGAAGAGCACCAUGAUCAGGCCACUGGAGAUGAGGCUGCCGAUCCCGCCGCAUCCGUUGCCGUGCCGCGCGCGAGCGCUGCCGACGGCGAGAUCGUGAACCAAGAGCUGGCAGGGCAGCACAGGAGGACGCAAACACGGACCAGUACCGCAAAAAGCCGCAAGGAGAAACAAUGGAGGCCUUCCUACAAACGAGACAAUACAGGCUCCUUUGUCACGGCCAGCGAAGAGCUGCGUCCACCUUCCAAUUACGAGCCCUUUGCAACUUCCGUGGCCGAGAGCAGCCUGCAGGUCCCUUCUUCUCCACGUGGCGACGGCUCCACCUCCUCGCUGCUACCCAAUGCUGGCAGCACCCCCAUAGCACCGGUGCCAACGCAGCAUGACGAGCCAAGUGAUCCGCGGGAGGACAGUGGUCGUGGUUUGGUGAAGUUUGCAGUGCCCGAGGAUUCAAAGCGUGCUGAGAUCCAGGCGAAGGCACGAAUGGCUCAGACUCAUGUGCGCCGGAAAGGCCAUCGUCUCCGAAAAUCCCGGCUUCGUGACGGCCAGAUAGUCAAAAUGGACAAGAUGCUGGUGCGCGUGGACACCACUUUCUCCGAAAUCGGUGAAGAAUUCGACGAGAAUGAAGCCCACAAGGUUGAAUCGCGUACCACUGAGAAAUGGCGGGAGUACAUGGUCGUGUGCCGUGACAAUCACGAGGCCGAUGAAGAUUUCCCUUUCGUACUCCAGAUGUACAAGUCACGCGUGAUUGCGGCUGUUGAAGCAUCGAAAAACAAGAAAAAAGCAAAGCACGAAGUGCGACUCGGCCCUAGGUACACCAAAGUCAAUCUCUAUUCAUCACUCGACAAGACAGUCGUCAUAUGGACGCCGUGGCGGAAAGGGACCAAAAUCUUCAUCAUGCGUCCGCAUUCGGGAUCUAGCGCUGCAGAGUGGUACACCUUCCUGAGAAACAUCUUAGGAUGGAACCGAGCUUCGGAGCUGCAAGUCAAUGUGCCCGGUCUCGACGUGAGUCUCCGCCUGGAGAACCCGUUUCAAGAACUGGAAUCAUCCAAAGAGCUAGACGAAGCUGCGAAAGGGAAUGCAGAAGCAAUGGUGAAGGCGGUCCAACAAGAGCAGGCUGUCGCUAAAAACAUCAUGAACCGUGCCAUCGACAUGCUAAUACAGACACCUGAUUACACUGAAGUCGUCAAAGAAUGGACCAAAUCCGGACGGAUGGGACUUGCCUGGAAGCGUUAUGACCGCCUGGAAUGGAUCCAUGGCCCUAACGAGAAGAAAAUGUACGGUUCUAUUGCCAUGGCACGAACGCAUGAGCUAGAGCUACGCCCCAAGGAACAUUACCCCACAAAAGCAACGACCAAAAAGAACAAUAUUCUCGACGAGCCUGUGCCAGUGGAAGGAUUCUUGAUCAGGCUGACAAGCCAGAGGGGGCUGGAUAAGAGGCUCGGCCGCAUGUUUUUCAAGCGCCUUUAUUUUUCGACGCACGACAAUUAUCUAGUAUUCACCCGACCAGCUAAAGCCGUUCCACCACCGCCACCAAAGCUUCCGGGUUCUUUCAACUCGCGGAUACCCUCAUCGAGAGAGAUUACCCAGGCAGCUCCCCUGAUAUACGCUGUAAAUCCUUACCCUAUCAAGGACGACCAAAUAGAAUGGCUUGCAGAGGGCAGUGAGAGCUCCUCAGCAGACAUCCGUCACCGUGAUCGAGAUGCUGAGGAUGAGGCUGAGAGGAAGACGAACCUGCUGCUGAAAUGCGAUGGGUACAUCAACCUUUGCAACAUCCAGAAGGUGCGCAAAGUACACCGCGGCGCAUCUGCGGCUGAUGAGAAUAUGGAAGAAGGCUCUGAUGUCGAUUUUGAUCUUGAUGUGGAUGACACAAGGGAGGACGACGGUACUACUCACGAAUUCGAUGAUGACAGGACGUUCGAGCUGGUCUUGAGAAAUGGUCUCAUCAUCCGUCUACAAGCUUUCGACAAAAUGACAAAGAAGGAGUGGAUGAACCGUCUUCGCCAGCUUGUCAAAUACUGGAAGUACCGCACUGCAACCGAUAUUCAACUCUACAAGACGAUCAGAAAGUACAACCUGGACCUGCUCAACAUUGACGAAGAGGCGGAAGCAAUCGUGGGCCAGUUCGCACGGAAAUGGGAGGUCUUGCAUGCCCACGCCAGCUCGGAAUUGUACAACAUGUGCGGCAUAUCCGCAUGCCGUUCCAUUCAUAUUUCCGGAAUUCUGUUCCGCAAGCCCCGCCGGCACGGCACCUUCACGCGGUGCUCGGUCAUCCUAUCGGCGGGCACGCUCCUGAUCUUCCAAGACUCCGUCCGCAAGUCGACGGGCAAGCAGCUGGCGCACAUCCACCACGAGCACAUCUCGACGCUCGACCUGCGCGACUGCUACCUGUACUCGGGCCUGCUGACGGAGAACGACCUGCUGUACCAGAACCGCACCUUCGACAACAACAAGCCGGGCCACACGGCGCUGCCGCGCAUCUACCUCGAGGACGGCUGGACCAGCACCGACGAGGACUACAUGACGUGCUUCGCGCUGUGGCACGGGCGCAAGAAGAGCUUGUUCCGGAGGGGCGGCGAGAGCGACAAGGACAAGGAGGUGCUGGAGAAGGAAGGCGGCCGGAGGAGCCGUUUCAAGCUCGUGAGUCAGCUCGGCGUGCCCGGCAACACCAUGGUGUUCAAGGCGAGGAGUCGCGCCGAGAGGGACCAUUGGGUGCUUGCGAUCCAGACCGAGUGCGAGAGGUUGGCACAGGCAGAGGAGGUGAGGAUCGUGGGGGAGAUUUGA